UGGCGCGCGCAGUUUCACUCCCCGCUGUAUCGAUGAAGUUGCACAAACAUGGCGGAUUUCCUGCCGUCCCGGUCCUCUCUAUCCGUUUGUUUUCCAAACUGUCUUCUUAACAGCAACGAGGCGGAACAACUGAGGAAGUCUAAAGAGAUAGACAGGGGUCUUCUGAAAGACAAAACCUAUGUGAAACGGCUAGUCAAGAUACUUUUGCUCGGCGCCGGGGAGAGCGGCAAGUCCACUUUCCUCAAGCAGAUGCGCAUCAUACACGGGCAGGACUUCGACCAGCGGGCCAAAGAGGAGUUCAGAGCCACCAUUUACAGUAAUAUUAUUAAAGGUAUUCGAGUGCUUGUGGACGCCAGAGAGAAACUGCAUAUUCCCUGGGGAGACCCUUCAAACAAGGCACAUGGAGACACCAUGAUGGCUUUUGACACACGUUCAGCCAUGGUGUCACAAGGGAUGGUGGAGACCAAAGUGUUCCUGCAGUACCUGCCUUUGAUCCGUGCCCUCUGGGCUGACAGUGGCAUACAGAACGCUUAUGACAGACGCAGAGAAUUUCAGCUGGGUGAAUCUGUGAAAUAUUUCUUGGAUAACUUGGACAAACUCGGGACACCGGACUAUCUACCGACACAGCAAGACAUCCUACUGGCCCGUAAGCCCACGAAGGGCAUUCAUGAGUAUGACUUUGAGAUCAAGAACGUACCCUUCAAAAUGGUGGAUGUGGGCGGCCAGCGGUCGGAGCGCCGCAGGUGGUUUGAGUGCUUCGAAAGCGUCACCUCCAUCCUCUUCCUCGUCUCGUCCAGCGAAUUUGACCAGGUGCUGAUGGAGGACCGCCAGACCAACCGCCUCAUGGAGUCGCUCAACAUCUUCGAGACCAUCAUCAACAACCGCGUCUUCAGCAACGUUUCCAUCAUCCUCUUCCUCAACAAGACGGACUUGCUUGAGGAGAAGGUCAAAACGGUGGCCAUCAAAGACUACUUUCCCGAGUACACAGGGGAGCCGCACAGCCUGGCCGACGUGCAGAAGUUCCUGGUGGAGUGUUUCCGGAGCAAGCGCCGAGACCAGCAGCAGAAGCCCCUCUACCACCACUUCACCACUGCCAUUAACACAGAGAACAUUCGCCUGGUUUUCCGCGACGUCAAGGACACCAUCUUGCAUGACAACCUCAAACAGCUCAUGCUGCAGUGAUGCUGGUCCAACAGUUCCUUUCACAUUUCUCUCAAAUAACCCUCUUUUGCUCAGAUGUUUGUAUUCCAUACAGUAACCUUCCUGAAUAGCUCUGACAUGCUUUUAUGUGAGUAGGAAGGCCUCUCCUAGCGGUCUGUCAUGAGCACAGAAUGGGUAGAGAAGGGGUGCAUCUGUCCACUCAUUUGUUACUGUCCUUAUUCAGCCUGCCAAGAGAAGCUGUAUGUGUCAUUAAAUGUUACCCUCCAUCAGUGAAAGCCUGAUGCUGCCAAAAGCAAUGCAUUUCCCCCCACGUUACUAAGUGGAGGGAAACAAAGUUUUGGUGGAGAGAGAGAAAGCACUGCCUUUUUGAGCCUUUUAUUGCUGACCAAAUAGCAAGAUAAGAUGCAAAAGCAAAGUUUUAACCUUUUAACAGGAACUAUGCUCUGAGCCUCCUUUUCGACACCUGCCAGGCCUUAAUUUUUUUCCCAUUAUCUUGAUUGGUGUUUUUAACUUGUAGCUGUCAAUUGCUCAAUUUUAGAAUUCAGUUGUUUUAUAUAGAUAUAUGGAUAUAUUUACCAAUAAGAUUCUUAAGUUAUAUUUCAAAAGGUUUACACUUUUUGUGAUUUUUCUUCUCCUGAUGGAUAAUGCUUGCAAUCGAAGAAAUGUUUGAGUGGAAACGUGUUUUCGCAACAAUAUACCACUUGAUAAACUGAAUUUAUACUGUGGUUAGCCAUACUAGGCAAGCUGAUAAAUACAGUAUAUAUGGCAUAAACUCAGGGCUGAAUGUAGACAACUUGCGUCUUGAUAAAAUUAACUCCAACAUCCACUAAUAGUACCUCUCCUUCAGAGGUUGGAAAUCAAAUUUCCUUGCUGGCCUGCAGACAUCCUCCUCCACUCAGAUUCUUUACCAUUUCUUUGUUGUUUGUCCAUCAGGGAAUGGAAAACAAAAAACAAGUGUCUUAAUUUAUUUGUUUUGUUUUGGGUUUUUGUCCACAACCAAACUAUACUGACUUUUUUCGUCAGAGGCCAACACUUUUUUUUUAUUUUUAUUGUUUAUAAUUUUGCUAACAAAAGCUUCCACAUUCACAAGUGCCACAUGUUUAAGGUACCAAUAAUUCGAACAACUGUUUCCUUUCUGCGUUAGUUGCAUAGAAAAGGGAUAGGACUUUGUGAACCUUGUUCCCUGUCAAUGGUUGUGUAUAGCUACUUUGUAUAGUGCCAUGUCCUGAAUACUACCGUUGCAGUAAGUAUUUUCUGUAAAUAGUCUGUACCUCACCCACUUCACUCUUUUCUAAUGGAUAUGUAACCUACACUGAAUAUGCAUAGCUGAUUUUCUUUUUUUUUUUUUUUUUGGCCACAAAACCGGUUGCCUUUUUAUUUUCAUAAAUACUGACUCCUUCCCUCCUUGUAAUUUGCUCCACUCCCAUCCAUUAAAGGUUGCUCCUUUUUGGCUGGUUCAUCUCUAUUGUUCGGGCAACCUUGACUGUGAAUGGUGCCUGCAUGCAUCUAUGCAUUCAGAUGCUGCUGGUUUCUUCUUGGCUUCAGCUCUGCCUGAGGAAAAAAAAAAAAAAAGGGCAGGCAGUAGAGGACUCGUUGUCUGUUGUCAAAUUCUGCCUUAUGCCCCUGGCUGAGGGCCCAGGAGGCUCAUGAAAGCAAGUAUUACUACUCUGCACAGCACUGACAGUGUCCUGUGUCUUCUGAUGCCAAUCGAUGCCCCCUCAAUGCCAAAGAAAAUCAGGCAUUGCAUGAUCUCUUUCAGGAGCACAGACACAAGUACUUGAGACAUAGAUGGUGAUGGGCAGUUUUAAAUGGAUAGUUGACCCAAAAAUUACCAUUCUGUCAUUAUAUAUUUACCCUCAUGUUGUUCCAAACCCGUAUGACUGACUUUAUUCAGUGGAACACAAAGGAGAUGUUAGGGAGGAUGUUGGACACAGUCACAAUUGACUUUCAUUGUAUCUUUUUUCAAUAUAAUGAAAGUGAAUGGUGGCCGUAGCUGUCAUUCUGCCUAACUUCAUCUAUGUGAUGGUGAAUAAAUUAUACCGGAAUGUUAAUUUAUCCCGUAAAUGUAUGUUUUGUGUUCGGUACAAGUUAAGCUCGACAGAAUUUUUUUGGCAAAAUGUUUAUUUCCACAAAAAAUGUUUUUCGACUUGUCCCUUGUUUAUGUAAAAAAAAAAAACAAAAGAAAAGAAUUGCAGAUCAAUUAAUGCUCUUACAAUGGAAAUGCGUAAGUCAGCCCAUAAACAUUCAAAUAAACAUUGUUUAAAAAAGUACCACAAGACAAACAUGAUUAUACAUGUUAACAUGAUUUUAGUGCAAUACAAUAUAAUUUCUUAAUUUACUAGCUAGAUUAUAGGUUUUACUGCAGAUACAUCAUGACAGCAAAGUUGUAAUAUUUGAUGUAACAACGAUAUGGUAAGAAAGUGAUUUUAGCACACUGAAUUCAUAUUAACAAACAGUGUUUGUGACUAUGUUUAUGGACUGGCCCCAUUCACUUCGAUUGUAAGUGCCUUACUAUAACUGCAUUUUUUAUAUAUAUAUAUAUAUAUAUAUAUAUAUAUACGUACACACACACACACACAUAAAUACAUUACACCGAUCAGCCACAACAUUAAAACCACCUGCCUAAUAUUAUGUAGGUCCCCCUUGUGCCACCAAAACAGCACCAACCCACAUCUCAGAAUAGCAUUCUGAGAUUAUAUUCUUCUCACCACAAUUGUACAGAGCAGUUGAGUUACCAUAGACUUUUGCAGUUUGAACCAUCUCUGUUGACCUCUCUAUUCUGAGAUGCUGUUUUGUUAGCACAUGGGGUCCUACACAAUAUUAGGCAGGUGGUUUUAAUGUUGUGGCUGAUGUGUGUGUGGGUGUGUAUAUAUAAUAUAUUGUGUUUGUGUGUGUAAAUGAGUGAAAAAAUUUUUUUUCUUUUGUAUUAACAUGCAACAAAUGUUGUCAUUUGAGCUUAACUUGUAUUGAACUUAUAACAUUCCUUUUAAUGCUGUCUUAUUACUAUCCUUUCACCAUACCAACUUAAACGGCUCCAAGCAAUCAAUAUUUUGAAUUAAUACAUUUCAGCAUUUUUACAAUGGCAUUAGAGGUGCUGAAAUACUCUCGAGUAUGAACCUCUAGUAUUUUCUGUGUUCAGUAGCUGCCUCUUUCCAGCGUAGUGAAUCCCAAAACUUUUUGACUUUCGGCAAUUGCAAACAUUGUAUUAUCUGCCUUACACAUACUUUUGGCCUUUGAGCUAAGUGACCUAAAUAAAUAGUGUUGCAUACUUAACAAAAUAGAUAGGAAAUGACAGAGAAUGCUUACAAGUCAGACAGCAGAUCGUCCAAGUUUGUUGGUGUUGGCCCUGAGGGCAAACCCAAAUGCUUGUGAACAUGUCACUGUCUGGUGUAGCCAUGACUGGUGAAUGGCAAAAGCUGCCACUGCUGUGGUUAUGGCGACACCUACCAACAUGCAUGCCUCCUCAAUACCUCUAUAAUAGUGCAUUAAAGGCUCGUUUGAUUUCAAACUCUCUUACCUUUGUCGCCCUUUAAGCGUUAAUGUAUUGUACCCCCAAUUUACAUGUUUAAAAGUAGGAUGAUGCUGCACAGAUACACUACUUAAUUAAGCUGUAUUCCUUCUCUGUACACUCUGCUGUGGUGUGUGCGAGAGAUAAUAGGCUUUAUUCUGAAAGGUUUUUUGGCACAAUAGACACAACAAGUGAUCUCUCAACACCCCAUUCACGUUUUCACCACUCUUCCUAUAUGAAUCGAUGAUGGUUCAUAAACAAAUGAGUCUUUCUCACUGUAGCUGUC